UCUUGAACGGCUUCAACACGCCGCUUCCCUCCUUCACUAUGGACUUUGGUCCUGUUCAGGCCGGCGGCAGCAGCAGCAGCAGCGGCGGCGGCGGCACGCAAGGCCAGUCGGCAGUGCCGCCGCCGCCGCCGCCUUUGACGAACGGGCGCGAAGCCGAGGCUAGCGUAAUGCUGGAAUCCCAAGACCGUCGCGGCCCAUGCAUGCGUCUCCACUGUUCCGUGGCACACGGCGAGACAAACGCCGAUCGUGUCACGACUCCCGCCCAAAACACAGAAGGCGCGGCACCGACCCCGGGGCCUCUGCUGUCCAAAAAGUGCUCCUGCGUCGAGCUGGUGAGCCGGCACUUCUCCCUGGUGGAGAGCCCGCUCGACACGUUCCAGGCCCUCGAGGUGAUCAAGCAGUCGAUGCAGUCGGCCAGGAAGAUCCUCGAGUGCGGCGUCUGUUUCGAAUCCAUCACGAGCCCCCGCACCUCGAGGAACGUCUACCUGCUGGGCUCGCUGCUGUCGAGCAUCGGCUCCUCCUUCGGCGACUUCUUCUACCACCAGAAGCGGCGCGCCGCCGAGUCCUCGGCCAGCGGCGAGCCCGUCCGUCUCGUCGUCGGCCAGCAGCCGCCCGAGGGCCACGGCACCGUCGAGCUCGCCGUCGACGGCCAGAGCUACAUCGCCUUCCUCAAGGCGGGCCUGAGGCUCGAGCUCGACCGCCUCUUCGGCCUCGCCGACGAGCUGGCCGCGAGGCAGAGCCAGCUGCACACCGAGGGGCACGAGAACUGCGAGACGGGCACGAGCUGCAGCAACACCGAGUCCCUGCCGGCCGCCAAGCACCCGGCAGAGGUGUGUCCCAAGGAGGUGGACAUGACCAAGGCCUGCGCGUGUUUCCGGACCGUCGAUCAGGUGCGGGCGGUGAUAGAGGAGGCGCAGAAGAUCAUCUCGGCGUGAACUGGACAGCAGCCGUUCGGAGACCAAUGGGAACCCCCCCCCCUUCCCUUUCCCCCCUCGGCCAGAGCUUCAUUCUCUGGGCUAGACGACAUGUCGGACUGUUCCGAUAAAGGUUUCUCGGCUUCCACUUCCGGGAGCACGAGCAAAAGAUCCCCUGCCCCUCCCCCCCCUUCCAACAAACAACGUAUGACUAGCUUCGUUUUCUUUUGGUCCGUGUUGACCAAACGUUACCUACGUUCAGUUUGUUCGUUUUUUAGUUCUUUUCUUUUUUUUUUCUUUU